CUUUCAAGAGACAGACAACUUCAACUAAAUUAAUCAGCACAUGGUUUCUUUACAAAUAUUUUCAGCAGCUAGUUUAUCUUCUUCUUCUUUGAAGACAGUUAAUGCUGCUAUCCAUCUCCCUAAACUCCCACGUCUCCCUAAUUUCUCCAUUAAUCCACAAUUACCAAAAACAACAAAACUGAUUGAAGAAUUUAAUGUAUCCAUAGAUCAUACAAUUCAACUUGAAAAGAAUCAUGUUGUCCUCACCAAACAAUCACACGACAGACACAACAAGAAGAAUACAGAUGAUAUUAUUAUUAAACUCUAUGCAGUCUUGGAAGCGGUUUCCGACAGAGUUGAAAUGCAUCACAACAUUGCCGAACAACGCAACAAUUGGAACAAUCUUUUAUUAAAUUCCAUCAACAUGAUUACUCUUGCUGCUACAACUUUGGCUGGUGUUGCUUCUGCUGCUGCAACCACUUGCUCUGAUUCUUCACUUUUGGCUUUGAAAUUAUCUUCUGCUCUUUUAUUCUCUGCUGCUACUGGUUUAUUGCUUAUCAUGAACAAAAUUAAUCCUUCUCAACUCACAGAGGAACAAAGAAAUGCUACCAGAUUGUUUAAACAGCUUCAAACACAAAUCCAAACCACUAUUGCAAUAGGAAAUCCGUGUGAGGAUGAUGUCAAAGAUGCAAUGGAGAAGGUUUUGGCUCUUGACAAAGCUUUCCCACUUCCAUUAUUAGGAGCAAUGCUUGAAAAAUAUCCUGCAAAAUUUGAGCCUGCUGUUUGGUGGCCUUCUAAAAAAGGAAAAUCACAAAGCAAGAAAAUAGGGAAAAUGAAUAAUGGAUGGAGUAAAGAAUUAGAAAUGGAAAUGAGGGAAGUUGUUGAAGUCAUAAAGAGAAAAGAUGCUGAGGAUUAUGACAGACUCGGAAACAUAGCAUUGAAGAUAAACAAGAGUUUGGCAAUUGCAGGUCCAUUACUCACAGGCAUUGCAGCUAUUGGAUCUACUUUUAUAGGUAAUGGUAGUCCUGUGGCUGCUUUUGUUCCUCUCUUGGCUGGUUCGUUGGCUUCUGCAAUUAAUACUUUUGAGCAUGGUGGACAAGUUGGCAUGGUUUUUGAAAUGUAUAGAGGGUCUGCUGGUUUCUUCAACUUGUUAGAAACCUCCAUUGAAUCAACAUUGGGAGAGAAAGAUUUAGAGAAAAGAGAAAAUGGAGAGUUGUUUGAAAUGAAGAUGGCUUUGCAGUUGGGAAGAAGUGUAUCAAAUCUGAGGGAACUUGCCUCAAAAUCAGCUUCCAAUCUCAUAGAUGAAUUUGCCAGCAAGCUCUUCUAAGUUAAUUUUCACAAACAACACAU